AUGGGCCUUUGGCUCUCAAUUCGCUUCAUCAUCAUUUAUGUCUUCCUCUCUGGUGUCGAGGCUGGCUUCAAGGAUGCCCAGGUGGUCGAGUUCCAAGGGAUCAGAGGCAACUAUGUCAUGCACAUGGACAUCACGGACAUCCUUCGUCAAGCUCAAAGACAGGAUCGCCCAGUAAAGAUGGCUUUCUACGCAAACACGGUUUUCGGAUUUGAAGUGACAAAGUGUGACAGCGUCCUCAUCUCAACUUGGACCGAGAUGCAAUCCAGGACUAUGGAGUUUUACGGAAGAUACGUUGAUCUCCUUAUCGAACACUCUACCAAAAAGUGUAAUGGCACUGAAGACACCCCCCGUGGUGGAGCCCCGAUUUUAUUCCGAAUCUGCUCGUUUUAUAGAUUGGAACUUGUGCUCUACUCAAACCGAAAACGGAUGUCAAAAGGAAAGUUCAUCUUCUCCCUUGGAUUUCGUCAACGAGCCACCAUCCACGACAGCUUCCUUGGUCCAUUUGUGGUGGAGUCCAAGUCCAGUGUCCGUCUCGUCUACAAUGCAAAAAUCGCCGAUAAUCUCACCGAAGAAUCUUCUGGAAUGUCCAUCUUUGUGAUCACUGACGUCAGCUCUCCGGUGAAAAUCUCCUUUGGAAAAUGCAGUAUGAUACUUCAAGAACGCCUGACGCCAUCGGAAAAGGAUACAACUCUGUUGAGCCCGGAGCUGGUCAAGAAAAUUCGUUCGCUCACCACACUUACCUGUUCUGAGGACCCCAAGAACGAAAAUUUCGAAAUCCACAUCACAACGACAGGACCAACCACCGGAAAGAUUUUUCUGAGUGUCGAACCGACGAGAAACGUUUUCCAAAGAUUCUCGCUUCUGUUCAUCCUCUUCGCUGUUUUCGGUGUUUUGGCUCUCGCCAUGUGCUGGAAGAACUGCCGCGUUGAGGAGCCGGUGAGAUUUGGAACUCCAGGAGCAGCGCGUCAUUACCGAGAAAACUACUUGGUUCCUUCUCUUGCCGGACCGCAUGCUUGUGAAUCAUGUGGAAAUGCUCCUGAUGCUCACAUUGUCGAUUGCUGUUGUUGUUUUUGA